UUCCCUACCUCCGGAUGAUAUAUCAUUCACAAACCAAUAUAAAUUAACCACCGCUAUAAAUCAUUCAGUCACACUGGCAGCUGGUCAGUAUUGGGCUUACAUAAAAGAUCAGAGUGUCAAUAGAUAGUAAAAAUGUGAUGAUAGAGCAGUGAUUAGUGUCAAGCCAUCUGAUCUAAAUCACCCCACAGUGUACGUUUCUUUUUUGUUUUUUUUUAAUUUAAACAAUCUGAAUGCGCACUAAAACCCCUGCAGUGUGUUCUAGAUACAGUUUCCCGUUUUCACGAGUUCGCUAACUCGCCGCUUACCUAGAAAGCGAUUAUAAGAAGCUUAGCAAGGGGGUUUGGCAAUUGCCUUGUCUUUGGGUGUAAUGACCCCACUUAUAACCCCAGUUCUGUAUGAAGGCUAAGCUGGCUCACAUAGUCUACAGGGUUAACGAUCAUGCUAUACCUGAUGUUGGAAGAAGCUAUAUAAGGAGUUUUUAUUUCUAUCUUUCCUUUUUCCGUGACUUUACAUCCACGAUACCCCACUGUCUUCAGGCUGGUCCUAACCUACGGCUGGUCCGACGCGAACAACUGGUCCGAAGCAAAUGGCUGGUCCAAAGCGACAACUACCCGUGUAACGGUGAGUGGUUGGAUCCCCAAACACAUAUGGAAAGUUACUGCCAGUUACUUAUGGAUAGUGCGAUUUAAAUAAACAGAGCGACGGAGCGUCUAACCAAAGUAGAUAUUUCGGUGUACGGUUUGCAGUAAAACUUUUCGUGGAAAGUAUGAGUUAAAUAAACACAAAAGAAUUCAGCACGACAACUUUAGAUAAAACUGUGACGAGUGCUCAAAAACCUUUCGAAGCUAUUCUGAGAUCAUAAAACUAAAGUACAUAUUGGUAGUUUACCUGUUGUCGUUUCAGAAUGUUUUUCAUGUGGUUUAUGCAAGAAGCGAUAUAGUACUAGAUCUAACUUAUUGAGACACAAUUGCCGCUAUACCAAAUCAUCCAAUAAACUGAAUGACCAAGUUGAUUUCAAUGUGGCAACUGGAAACGUAUUUAUGUGUAUUAAAUGCGAGCCAACAAAACGGUUUAAACAAGUACGGUAUUUGAAAGAGCACGAAAAAUAUUUUCAUAACAAAAGAGAACUUCUAUGUAAUAUUUGCAAGGCAGUAUUUGUUACCCACUCUGCAAGAUUUUAUCAUUGUCGAACUAUACAUGAUACAAAAUAGUAUUUAACUUUAUGUUGAUGUGGCUUUUAUUGAUAGCUUUUUUUAACUCAAAUUUUUACGUGUAAACCAAAAUUGCUGACAUAAAUCUUCAUUUAACUGUUAAACUUUGGCAAUUUACUGUUUGAUAUAUAUGUAUAUGUAUUGUGUAGUGUAUGUGUGUUAUCAACCAAAAUCUUCACCUCUUAAGUUAUGUGUGUUUCCCAAGGCAAAACAGACAAAUGUUUUUUUACUACUUUUACCUCCAAAGAACUUUUUGCAUAAUAUUUGCGCAUCGCAUAGGCAGAAAUGUAAGCAACUUAUUGCAUGACUACCUAAAAUCUUUUUGUUUUUUAUUCUGUAUGUGCUUUUCAAUCCAGGUUUGUAAUUGUGAGUUCCAGAAUUCACUUAAGCCAAGUAAAUAAGUAAGUAAGUAAGAGCUUAUUUGCUGAGAAAUUAACUUAUUAUAAAAACAAAAGCCAAGGACAUAUACCCAUUUUUUUUAAAGAAACAUUUUUGGGUUUAAUUGCGAGUCAACAAUUAAAAGUCUUCCAUAAUAUUACCCUUGUAUUUGUUAAAACACGUAUAUAAUUUGAUGCUACUGCAACAAACAUUGUACAAUUUUUUUUCUUGUUCUUAUUAUUGAUUAUUGAACAGUCAAGAAAAUUCCGAGUAGUAAUUUAGUUCUCCCUAAUGCCAUGAGUACUUAACCUUCUCCAUUGAACGAAAAAAAUUUCUUGUUUGCAAAGAGAGUAGAACCCUAUUUAAACAUAUGCCGCGGCAAGGAACGGAAAGCUUUCAAAACAAGAAUAAAAUAAUUAUA